GUUAACCUAAUCUGGGUACCUUUGAAUCUUACAUUUGUUGAUCUAAAAUCUGGAGAGUGUAAUUUGUGCUUUAUUUAUGAUUAAAUCACCAAGAAUGGCAAUAAGAAAUGGGGUCUUUUACCCCAUUGUUGGAUUUGCAACAUGCAUGGCAUUUAUUUACAAGUCAUUUGGGGAUUUGUGGGUCAAUUACAGUAAAGAACCAGAGUUGAGUUUUGUUAUGAGGAAUGGGACUCACUUUUACUUUGGAUGGUAGAAUUUUCUACAUUAACGGGUGGAACUCAUACUGCUUAAUGGACCAUGCUGUCGAUGAAUAUACUAGACCUAAAGUCAUUGCAAUGCUUCAAGCCAGGGCGAAAAUAGGUCUCACUGUAUGCAGAACUUGGGCCUUCAAUGAUGGUCGCUACAAUGCCCUUCAGAUUUCUCCCAGUCUAUACGAUGACCGCGUAUUCAAGCAUGCCCAAAUUAGUACCUUGGACAAGCUGAAGAGGAGCUACUAGAUUACGAGGAAGAUGGAUUUCUAUUUGUGAAAAAGACUCGAUCAUGGUUAACGUUCAUGCUUGUUUUAGCUUUCAUUGGAACAUGUAUGAUCUGCCGAGAUGGAGUCAUUGGAGCAUUAAUUCCUAGAAUGGGAGAUUAGAUUCAUGUUCCAUUUCUCCGAUGGGUAUAUAUAUGUGGAGCAUCGAAAUCCUCAAGCUCCACAUGGAGGUUUUUAUUAUCUUAUUCCUAUUCAAGGCCGAAAGGUGAUUGCAACUGUUGCAAGGCAUCAAGGUACUGGUUACUUUGAUUACAAAGCAUAUGGUAACUUUGAACACGAGUACAGAGAUGUAUUAGGUUUGGGUGAUAAUUUGAGGUGGACUCUGCACAAUGAUUUAGUCAAAUGGCCGGAUGCUCUUGUCCACAAUUCGU